CAUCUGCAACUACUCCAACCUACUCCCACCACCCAAUCCGACUUCUGGCUCCCGUCCCUGCUCAGAGCAGCGAGGAUGACAGUCUCGUCGCCUACGCCGCUGCUGACGCCCGCAGUGGCGAAGCUCCUAGGGUCACUGUCCACCAUCGCCGCCUCACAGUUGUCCAUCCUCAUCUUGCAGCAGCCACAAUUACCUCGCCUUCUCUCUCGAGCCCUGCAGACCCUCUCUCUAGCAGUCCUGUCCCGUGAUUGGCCAGUCGAAGAAUCUUCGAAAGCUACAGACAGUAUCAUCAGACUGCUCGAGAAUGCUGCCAAUAGCGAGGAUCCAUCUCUCGCCAAGAGAUUGCUACCUACCAAGGACGCUACCAUCAAUCUCUGCAUCCUCGGCAACGACAGCUACUCUCAGCGCAUUCAUAACCUCCUGCCUCACUUCAUAGACGCAACUAUAUCAGAAGAGCUGCUGUCAGCUGCCGCUGAGUCUUGCAGAGGUUCGUCGUCUGACCGACCAUCACAGCUAUCAAGGGCAGUAAGGAUUGCAGACGCCCUCUUGCGCCACCUGCCUACCCCUGUUAAGCAGCAGAGCCACAGCAGGACACCCCAAAUUGGCAGUGACCAGGUGGCUGCUCAGAUCAAAGCGGACGACAUUGCUGCAGCCAUUGCAUCAAAGUAUGCCGAGCUGGGCUCGUCUUCCUCUGCAGAUGUCCUCUCCUGCAAGGUUCAUCUCCUGGACGCUGCCUCGUCUUUGCUCCAACGAUAUCUUGCCAGUGGCCAGACAAAUAGAUUGGCUACAUGCGCUGUCUCCUUGACUUCAGCUGCCCAAGGCCCUUCGACGUCAUCAUCAGACUCUGCUCAGGCACUGAUCAGCCUUCCGCUUCUGGUCGAUUUGCUCCUCGCUCGCACAGAGCUGGCUUCAUCGCUUCGCACAGCAUUAUCCUCUCCAGCCUCCACGCCCGCUGAGGAUCAGACUCGCCAGACAGCUCUUGCAGGUCUGCAGGCAGCUCAAGAAGACACAGCUGCAGCCGCAUCGCGAGCGAAUCAGGCGGGGGAUAAGACCGAUCUUGGUUCCUUGGGCGGUGGAUGGGAGACGCUUCUGCAGUCUCUGCAGCAGGAGAGGCUACAGGAGCGAGAGACAGAGUCAAGUGCGCGCCGGAGAGCACAGAGUAAAGGCAAAGACAAAGUGACCAAUAUCGACCAACCAGCAGAGGUAUCGCCUUCGCUGCUCGGCAUGGUAGAGGCUAUACUGCCUCACCUUGCAGCUGAUGAAAGCCGGUUGAAGACUCUGUUGAGCAAGCCCAAGUACAGUGGCAAGUCCGAUGAGGAGGUCAUCCAGAUGCUACUCGAUGAGGACACAGAGGAUGGUGUGCACUCUGAAGCAGCAGCAGCACCUCAGAGCGCUCCACAUCCUAUCAGUGCAUCUGCAUCACCCCCUCCUACUGCUCCGCCUAGCAAGCCUCGACGUGCAAAUAUCUUCAGCGACCAGCCACUCGACUCGACUCGCCUGCGAUGGGGUGGCAACGGAGACUCAACGGAUCAAGUUGCGCCCAUCCAGCCCAUCUCUGGCUCUCUCAAAUCACAAAUCCUGGCCCGCGUCUCUGCGCAGACCGCGGAGGAGGAAGCCGCCUUACGUGGGGAGGAGUGGAAUCCCUUCUCCACCAACACUACCCAGGAAGUGGGUUUCGAAGAGGAAUUGGACGAAGCAGAAGAGGAAGACGAGAGGCUGAAUAGACGCAGGGGCAUUGCUCAGAUCGGUGGGGAAAGCGGGAAUGCGAGAGAGUGGAGGCGCAGGCUGGAGGAUCUCAGCGAUGAGGAGGAGGAGGAAGAUGACGAUGAGGAGCAAAGUGCUGCCAAAACUCUUUCUCCAUCUGCAGCUGCAGGAGGGGCAGCGGCGGAGCGGAUGGCGGAGCGUGUCCUCAUUCUGGCAUACUCGCAACAUGGUCCCGCCCUCUUUGCCCGCGAGGCGAGCAGUCGGAAGAGUGCGAGCAGGAGGGACCUCAAGAAGGAGCUGGAAGCAAAGACGGGCAAGGCGUGGGACGACUCGCUGGUGGAGAGCUGGGGAACGAUGUUCGAGCGCAAUCCCCGCAAAGAUACAUUGCUCUCUUCGGCCGCAUCACACGACCUUCUCUCUGGCGGAAACCCAAAUCUGGCUCCACCACCGACGCAACAGCGACCAGAAGGAGGUCGAGACGCCUCGCAGAGAGGCUUCGGACCAGAUCGUGGUCGCGGAGGGAGAAUGCCACGCGGUGGCGACCGUGGUGGUAGUGGUGGCGGAAGAGGGGGUGGACGCGGUGGUGGUGCCGGUGGUGGCGGCGGUGAGGGUGGAGGCUCCAACAGAGGCAGAGGUGGUCAUUCGGGCAAUGAUCGCGGUGCGAAGAACAAAGAGAGGAGGGGGAAUGCGGCUCGCACGAGAGGUGCGGAUCGCAAGGCAAGGAUGAUGGGCGGGCCGGGGGCGGGGAUAUGAGGCCGCUGCUUGU